GGCGUACCAUAAUCCAGGGUUCGCUUUUCCCCAUUUUUCUAUUAUUUUACUUUUAUUUUUUAUUUUGUUAAUUUUAUUGGGUGAAAAAAUAUAAUUUAGUUGAGUUUUUAAAUGAAAUAUAUACAUGAGUAUGCUUUGCUAUAUAUUUGCACAAAAUUUACAUUUAUUUACAUUGAUAAUAAAGUAGGAAUAUAAUGGACCAUUUUUUGCCACAUUUUUACAGUUAAACCAUAACUUUCAAUUUCUAUUUUGUGCUAAUUCUUUUAGGAAAAUCCUCAAAAAAAAAAAAAAAAGAAUCUUUUUACCAAAAAGCCAUUUCAAUGGAACGUACAAGUAAUCGGGCGAAUGAUUAUCGCCGCCGUGGAGUAGCGCACUCUUUCGGAGUAGUAAAACCACCAAAACAACACUAAGACAUCGGAAUAUGGCGACGUCAGCGUCGGCGAUUCAGAAGCUUCUGACAGUCGGAACCAAAAUCAUCGGCGUCGGCCGCAACUACGCCGCGCAUGCGAAGGAGCUCGGGAACGCUGUGCCUAAGGAGCCGGUGCUUUUUAUGAAGCCGACGACGUCGUAUCUGGAGAACGGCGGGAAAAUUGAGGUGCCGGAGCCGCUGGAGGCGCUGGAUCAUGAGGUGGAGCUGGCGGUGGUCAUAGGUCAACGCGCACGCGAUGUGCCGGAGGCGGCUGCCAUGGACUAUGUUGGAGGUUAUGCUCUUGCUUUGGAUAUGACUGCAAGAGAGAUCCAAUCUGUUGCUAAGUCUGCAGGUCUUCCAUGGUCUGCAGCUAAAGGGCAAGAUACCUUCACCCCGAUCAGCUCUAUUCUGCCUAAAUCCAUGUUGCCAGACCCUCACAAUGUAGAACUCUGGUUGAAGGUUGAUGGAGAAAUUCGGCAAAAAGGGUCAACGAGUGAUAUGAUAUUUAAGAUCCCAUUCUUGAUUAGCCACAUCAGCUCUCUCUUUACUCUUCUUGAAGGCGACGUCAUUUUGACAGGGACUCCUAAAGGUGUUGGCCCUGUGAAGAUAGGUCAAAAAAUCGAAGCUGGAAUAACCGACUUGUUGGACAUUCAUUUUGAUGUGGAAAGACGCAGUAGAGUGAUUCAUUGAUGAGCCAAAUACAUUCACUCCUGCAGCAGUUAAAGACACCCCAUGUUGCAUUUGCUCGUCUUCUUCUCUAAGUAUCAAAGCCUACCAUAUAAAGAAGCAUGUGUAAUGACUUCAAAAAAAUUUCAGAAAUCAUCCCACCAUGAAAUGAGAACUGCUCUUUUUGAGGCUUACAGACUAUGUAGAGAUUGAGAUGUGAAAUUUACAAUCUAUAAAAUGAAUCUUGUUGAUCUC